AUGCCCAAAGGAUCUACAAGAUAUCUGAGUGCAACAAUUCAAAAUGAAAUGAUUAAGAGCUUGGGGACCAAACUCGAAACCCAUCUGCUAGAACAAAUUAGAGCGUCACCGUUUCUUGCCAUCAUAAUGGAUACGACACAGGACAUGUCGAAGGUAGAUCAGCUAAGCAUUGUUGUGAGGUAUGCAGUAAUAACCAGAUCGGAAAAUGGACAGUCAAUUGAUAUAGAAGUAAAAGAAUUGUUUCUAGGCUUUUAUGCAGCCAUCAAACAUGGCGCAGUAGAUUUAGUCAACCAAGUGACAACAUUAUUUAUCGACAAAAAUGUAGAUUUUAAAAAAUGUGUGGGGCAAGGCUAUGAUGGAGCCAGUGUGAUGAGUGGUGUGUAUAAUGGUGUACAAAAGCAUAUUAAGGAUAUCCAGCCUAACGCAGAGUACGUACAUUGUGCCAUUCAUAAUUUAAAUUUGAUGAUAAAUGAUGCUGUAAGCAGUUGUGGGGAAAUACAGAUUUUUUUCGCAACGUUGCAAGACUUGUAUAACUUUUUCGGAAACAGCAUCAAACGUUGGGAUCUACUGUCAAAAUUCACUGGCGAAUCGGACACCACUCUAAAAAAAACUAAAUCCGACUAG